CUGUGCUUAUCGCAAGCUACGUAUUACUUCCACUUUCUGGACCCCACACGGAGCGAGGAUCGUCGACAAACAGUUUGGGAACCUCAACGACCCGAUUUAUACCGAUACGUCAAGCAACUUGAUAAACCACACAAACGAAUACACCACAACCCCCCCAUUUUCCGUCCCGAUGACGAUCGAAGCUGACUCCGCCGAGGUCCGCAAUGCGCAGCGGCGAGGAAAGUUCCACGAGGCCGAUGUGGUAGUAGUAGGCGCCGGCGUCUUUGGUUGCGCGGCCGCGUACGCGCUUGCCAACCAGGGCCGUAGCGUGAUCCUACUCGAGAGAUGGAUGCACGAGCCCGACCGGAUAGUGGGCGAGUUGCUACAGCCCGGAGGUCUACAAGCGCUGCAGAAGCUCGGGCUGGGCCACUGCGUCGAAGGGAUCGAUGCCAUCACCUGCUACGGAUACCACGUCGUCUUCCACGGGGAGGAGGUGGCCAUUCCUUACCCGGUGGUGGACGACCAAGGAAACGUGUACUCUGGCGAAGCGGCCGCACGAGUAGAGUCGACAACGACAAGCAACGGGACAGCAGGCAAGGCAAAUAACGGGCCCAAGCUACGACGACCCGAAGGCCGAUCCUUCCACCACGGCCGCUUCAUCAGCCAACUCCGCAAGGCCUGCGCCGGCCACCCCAACAUCACCAUCUUCGAAACGACCGUGACCUCGGUCAUCCGGGGCUCGUACUCCAACCAAGUCCUCGGCGUCGAAACCCUCACCACCACUGACCGCGACACCGGCGAAAAACAGCCCGACUUCUUCUUCGGCCAACUAACCCUCAUCGCCGACGGCUACGACUCCAAGUUCCGUAAACAGCUCUUGCCUUCCGGCCCCGACACCACCCCUGUCGUGCGCUCCAAGUUCUACGCCCUCGAACUCAUCGACUGCCCGUUCCCCCCUUCCGGCUACGGGCACGUCGUCAUUGGCAAAACCUCACCCAUUCUAUUGUAUCAGAUCGGCACGCACGAAACCCGUGCCCUCAUCGACGUCCCGCUCGACCUCCCCGCCGCUUCGGCAGCCAACGGUGGCGUACGGGGAUACAUCGAGAACACCGUCGUGCCUACUCUCCCUUCCUCCGUCCGCCCUUCGGUCCUCGCCGCCCUAAAAGAUGGCAAAAUCCCCCGCUCCAUGCCCAACUCUUACCUCCCCGCCUCGGGGAAAGCCAACACGGCCCGCACCCCCGGCGUUCUGCUGCUAGGAGACGCGUACAACAUGCGCCACCCCUUGACGGGGGGCGGCAUGACCGUCGCCUUUUCCGAUGUGGUCCUUUUGGCGUCCCUUUUGCAUCCCGAUCGGGUACCCAACCUUGCUGACUCGGCCGCCAUCGAGACCGCCAUGAAGGAAUUCCACUGGCGCCGCAAGGCGUGGACGAGUAUCAUCAACACCCUGGCCCAAGCGCUGUAUUCGCUUUUUGCGGCGAACGAUUGGCAGCUUGAUGCCUUGAGGAAGGGCUGUUUCCGGUAUUUCCAGAUGGGAGGCGCAAAGACGGAUGAACCUGUGGCGCUGAUGGGUGGACUUUUGCAACGGCCCGUGGUGCUGGCGAGACAUUUCUUCACGGUGGCGUUUGUGGCCAUCUGGUUGCAUAUGUGUGAGCGGGUGGGUAGUGUGUGGGGACUGUGGAAGGCGCCGUUGGUGUUGGUUGAAGCGGUCUUGAUUCUCUGGAAGGCGUGUGUGGUGUUUUUGCCGACGAUUUGGAAGGAGGCUGUUUGAGGAUGGGGAAGGGAGUGCUUAGGGGGGGUCUAAUGGCUGAUGAUGGACGACAGAUGUGGAAGAAGAACGAAGCGCUUUAUUAAAAGAGCUGAGCUCUCUAUGAAGAAACGGAAAGUGAUGAGACUUUGAAAAAGAAGGAUGACCUGCAGGUGUCUGGACAGACCAAACCCCCUUUUAUGGGGCACAGGGUCCUGUUGCAGUGUAUAGUUACCUUUGCCGAGAUAUAGUAGGAAUUAUCAGGUACAAUAAUGCUAAUUGCUGGAAGAAGAAGAGCAAUGGUCUCGGGUUAUUGUCAAUGACAACUCAGGAAGCCCAGGCGAUGGCCGAAGUCAAAGGCUCUUCAGACAGGG